AUGUCUCAACCAACAGAAGACGAUCUCGAGUACUAUUUCGCAUUUAAUUUAAAGUUACUGGCUUUGGUUGGCUUUAAAUGUAGUAUGGAUAAAAAAGAGAAGGGCUUGGGAUUCGUCAAUAAAUUGCCAUCUUAUAUAAUGUGCAUACAGGGAACAAUUUUGUCAUUGUUUGAGGUUUAUCUUCUCCGAGACAUAUAUAAGGAUGAGGAUAAAACGAUUGUAAUGCAAGUUCUCAGUCAGGGAGUUGAAAAUACUCUCAAUGUCUGCAAGGGAUUUUUCUUAGCCUAUUCCAUAGAGCGGAUGGAAAAUGUACUUCAGGAGAUAAAGUUUCUUUGGAAUACUUAUCGCCCGAGUCCAGAUAAUCGAAAAAUUAUUUUGGCUGAAGCUCAGCAAACGUAUUCUUAUUGUAAAAUUUAUUUUUGUGUUCUUGCGAGCUGUUGCACAAGCUAUUUUCUAUGCUACUUACCAGCACUUUUCAAAUUAGCUCAACAAUAUCGUGAUCGAGAGGCAAAUAACUACACGUAUGACUUUUCUCAGAGGCUCUUACUUCUGAAAUAUCCCUUUGAUAUACCCAGCAUACCAAUCUACUUUUUGGUAGAAUUACAAGAAGGGUUUUAUCUAUUUUACGCGGCAGCUUUAUUCUUCGUCAGCGGUGAUACCUUGUUCGCCCAAACUGUGACUCACAUUUGUUUGCAGUUUAAGAUUUUAAAAUUUGACAUCGAUGCCAUGUUCAAUCCGGAGAACACAGGGGAAAAAGAUCACUUGAAUCUGGUUACUUUUAUUAAAAGGCAUCGUGACCUCUUGAGAGUUUGUGCGUUGAUCGAAGAAGUUUUUAGUCCGAUUAUUCUUUCAAUGAUGCUGUUAUCGUCGAUAGCUUUGUGUGUCGACUUGGUUGGAAUACGAGGGACAAUGGAAAAAAAUAACUAUGAAGAAACUGCAGUUGUUAUAACACUCAUGAUGUUGACCUUAUUACAAAUUUUAUUUUAUUGUACUUUUGCUGAAAAAAUAACUGAGGAGACAAGAUCGUUAGCAGAUACAAUGUACGGCUGUAACUGGACAAUGAAGAACAAUAAGCUAGGAUUGUACAUCCACUUGAUGAUUUUGAGAGCCCAAAAGCCUUUUCAGUGUACAGCGUAUGGCUUUUUUCCAAUCGGGCAUUCGCAACUUACAACAAUUAUCAAUACAGCUUUUUCAUACUACAUGAUGUUACAAACUACAAGUUAA